UUGUGCUGUAUUGAGUUGUCUUGUCUUGUCUUGUCUUGACUUGUGUUGUUGCAUACAAUUUUUUGCUUUCAUGUUGUCUUAUUAUACUCUUCCAUAUAUCAAUCAGUCUUUGUUCUGUCAUUCAUCUAUCAAUCAUAAAUUGUCAUUCCCAUCCAUAUAAUCUGCUUCGCCUAGUGAGGUCAUUGCGCACUUAUUACCAUCUCUAAAGAUAACCUUAAGAGAGUCCCUGUUUGCGGGCAUUACAAACAUCAACGACAUUCAACUGUCGAUAUUGAUUCCAUUUCAAUUAGAGAAUAUUACCAGGAUUUCGCAGACGAUCACUUGUUAACUCUACAUAUCACCGCAGGCCUUUUAUAUCCCAUACACGUUUAAGAAUAUCGACUGUCGUCGUACAAAACAGCUAAUGCUACCGCCACCGGGCUUGGAGCCCACAUCAACAUCAACUCUCCUCAACGAUGUCUCUCCCACUUCCAUUAUCUCCUCUGCAAUAGCAACUUCUUCGGCAUUGUUACUCGAUCUCGUAAAUCCAUCGUCUACAACAGCGACAAUGCUCGCCACCGCAAAAGAUGAAGAUUCCCCAGACUCGGACAAUGGAGAAUGCCAACUUCUUGGAAAUUUUGCCAUAUUGGUUCAGGGUUCGUUAGGUCUGUUGGCUGUGAUGGCAUUGGUAUACAAAAGAUGGAGAGAGAGACCUCAAAGACCUAUGAAAAUUUGGUUCUUUGAUGUUUCAAAACAAGUGGUUGGAAGUGUGUUGGUUCACAUCGCAAAUUUGUUGAUGAGCAUGUUAUCGAGUGGACAAUUCAGUAUCAAAUUGGAUGCCAGUAAUGUCGCGAAAAGAAUGGUCGGUGAUUCGGGGCAGUAUAAGCCAAAUCCAUGCAGCUUCUAUUUACUGAACUUGGCUAUUGAUACAACCAUCGGCAUUCCGAUACUCAUAUUUCUCCUUCGAAUACUUACCUCGCUUUUUGUUAUGACACCAUUUGGCAAUCCUCCCGAGUCGAUCGAAUCAGGCAAUUAUGGCCACCCACCAAAAGCAUUCUGGUGGUUCAAACAAUCUAUAAUUUAUUUCAUCGGUCUGAUGGGUAUGAAGAUAUGCGUGCUCAUCAUCUUCCUUGUCCUUCCUUGGAUUUCACGAAUUGGAGACUGGGCACUGAGAUGGACAGAGGGUGAUGAAGCAUUACAAGUGAUAUUCGUCAUGUUGAUCUUCCCUGUCAUCAUGAAUGCAACUCAAUAUUACAUCAUCGACUCGUUCAUCAAGAAUCAAAAGCCUGAUCAUGAGCUUAUACCAGAUGAAGACAGCGAUAGCGAUCUUGAGGGAAGAGACGGGCGUUAUGCUGAUCCGAGCGGAAGCAGUGAUGGAAUCCAGUCUGAGGGGGAGGAAGAUGAUGAAGUUUUGGCAAAAGCUCAUAAAAACACUAGACCAGAAACACCAAGAAACAAACGUGCAGGUUUGAGGUCGGGAAACAAAGAUUAUGAUCCUCUAUACGAUGGCGAGAGUAGUCCAACGGUAGUAGGAAGCACAAGUUCGAGACCAGGGGAUGAUAGUGAUAGCACAACGAAGAAGUAAAUUACCCCGCCAUUUUGGGUUGAGGAAAUGGAUACAACUGUUAAUACGAGGGAUUGGUAUAUGACUUUUGAGUACAUACUGGAGCAGAGUACAUUAUGCAAGGUGUUUGAGGAGUUUAGCACAUGGGAUUUCCGUCGUCGGUCACACAUAGACACACAUCAUAUUGGUCGGAGAGUUUUGAUGAAUAGGCGUCUUCACGGCAUGACAUACAACUGAUUUGUGAAUUUGGCUAGGUCUAGUCCUGUAUGGGGCUGUAAAUAAAAACAUUUUUCCUCUUUUACAAGUUUUCAAUAUUUGUAAUUGUAAUAUCUUCUUUUUGUACAA